CGCAACCUGCACCACGGAGCGCCGGGGACGCGCGGGGACUGUCCGGGACGGCGUGAUGAAGUCGAGUGACGGCAGCGCGGAGGCCCCGGGUCGCGGCCUGCGGGUGCUGGUGGUGGGCGCCGGCAUCGCGGGGCUGGGCGCCGCGCAGAGGCUCUGCCGCCACCCGGCCUUCCCGCAUGUGAGGGUCCUGGAGGCCACGGCCCGCGCCGGAGGCCGCAUCCGCUCGGAGCGCAGCUUUGGCGGUGUGGUGGAGGUGGGCGCCCAUUGGAUCCACGGGCCCUCCCUGGGCAACCCCGUCUUCCAACUGGCUGCCAAGUACGGGCUGCUGGGGGACAAGGAGCUGUCGGAGGAGAACCAGCAGGUCGAGACCGGAGGCCACGUGGGCCUGCCCUCCGUGUCCUACGCCAGCUCCGGGGUGAGGGUGGGCCCUGAGCUGGUGGCCAAGAUGGGCAGUCUGUUCUACAGCCUCAUAGACCAGUCCCGGGAGUUCCUGCACGCGGCGGAGGCCCCCACGCCCAGUGUCGGGGAGUACCUCAGGAAGGAGAUCCGUCGGCUCGCGGCCCGCUGGGCCGGGGAUGAGGAGGCCACGAAGCUCAAGCUGGCCAUUCUGAACAACUUCUUCAACACCGAGUGCUGUGUGAACGGCACCCACAGCUUGGACCUGGUGGCCCUCGGGCCCUUCGGGGAGUACAGGGUGCUGCCGGGGCUGGACUGCCCCAUCCCUGGGGGCUACCAAGGCCUCACGAACUGCUUGGCGGCCUCCCUGCCCCAGGGCACGAUGGUGUUUAACAAGCCUGUGAAGACGGUCCACUGGAACGGGUCCUUCCAGGAAGCCGGGUCCCCCGGGGAGACGUUCCCAGUGCUGGUGGAGUGUGGGGACGGCAGCCGCUUCCCGGCACAUCACGUGGUCCUCACCGUGCCCUUGGGUUUUCUUAAAGAACAUCUGGACACCUUCUUCGAGCCGCCACUGCCCACAGAGAAGGCAGAGGCGGUCAGGAGAAUGGGCUUUGGCACCAACAAUAAGAUCUUCCUGGAGUUUGAGGAGCCCUUCUGGGAGCCAGGCUGCCAGCGCAUCCAGGUGGUGUGGGAGGACACGUCGCCUCUGGAGGACGCUGCCCCCGCGCUGCAGGACACCUGGGUCAAGAAGCUGAUUGGCUUCUGGGUCCUGCCUCCCUUCGGGUCUGCCCACGUCCUCUGCGGGUUCAUCGCCGGCCUCGAGUCCGAGUUCAUGGAGACGCUGCCGGAGGAGGAAGUGCUGCAGACCCUGACCCGCAUGCUUCGCAGGGUGACAGGGAACCCGCAGCUUCCUGCGCCCAAGAGUGUGCUGAGGACUCGCUGGCACAGCGCCCCGUACUCCCGGGGCUCCUACAGCUACGUGGCCGUGGGCAGCACCGGGGACGACGUGGACCUGCUGGCUGAGCCCUUGCCUGCGGACAGAGAGAAGGCCCAGCUCCAGGUCCUGUUCGCGGGAGAAGCCACGCAUCGAACAUUUUACUCCACGACACACGGGGCUCUACUGUCUGGCUGGAGGGAGGCCGACCGGCUCAUCGCUCUGCGGGACCGCCAGGCGCAGCUGCUGCGGCCCAGGCUCUGAGCCCGCCCGCUCGCUCGCUCAGUGCUGGCGGAGGCUCUCGCCAUCCUGUCCUCGGUUCGGCCUGACCGCACCCUAGGACGUACUGUAGCCGAGGCCAGCGCCCUCGCGUUUUUCACGGCUGUCGCUGGGUCUGGCCAGGGCCGCACGGGAGCCGAGUGGGAGCUCCUCCCGGAGGAGUGGGACACGGGUGCCCCGGCUGCGGAUGCUGCGGGCCCCACAUAAAGCGAGUG